AUGACGAGCACUUCAACGCUGCUAUCUCUCAAAAAUAAGGCAGUUUCUCGAAUUCUUCUCUUACUUUAUUCUCUUUUAACUUCAGGUAAAUACUGCAGAGUCUUCUAUCGAUUUCCGAGUUGUGCUCACCAAAAAAGAAGUUCGCAGCAUCUAGUUCAGUUUAACAUAAAUAUUUCGAUAGGCGGCGAAUAUUGCUGUGGCGGGCAAACUGAUGCUGUUUUACCCCAAGCCAUCGCUUGACGAAAGUAUCAUGUCGAAGAUCCCAUUAACUGGAGUUUACAAAGACGAGAACAGGGAGGUUCAACGAGUUUUACUAGAGACUUUCUAUGAAUGUAGUUUUAAUAAUUAGAAAAAAUGUUGCAGGCCUCAUUUUGCACACUGGACGUCGAUGAAAUCGGCUGGCACAUCGUCGAGGCCGCGUCUCCGAGGCCUUCUUUCGACACUUUGCCUAAGCUUCUAGACUACUACUCUACCUACAUGUUCCUCCGAUUUUUUCUUUCCGUUACCUCUUCCGAUUCAGGUUCAAGGAUACCAAGACUUCUGAGUUUCGACCUUUGUACCAGAGUCUACCACGCAGCAGUGUUUCAGUGAACACUAUUUUCGAAGGAUCCCAAUAA